UGAAACUCAAAUCAAUUUGUUAGAGCACAACCUGAAAAUAAUUCAGUGAUACUGGGAUACUUUAUAAAAGCAUGCAGCUUUAUCCAUUUAUAGUCCACAGUAAAAGGAGCAGCCGAAGUGGGUGUGAGGUUCCCAUACAUAGCUUCUGCCCUGAAUGCACAAUCAGCAACUGUGAUCCAAAACCAGGGCUACCAUAUUUGGUUGUAAAGAUUUUGCAGAAACUCAAAGAUCUGGAUAUCACAUUAGACGUUCUUUCUGAAACAGGAAUUGGCAAAACCGUUAACUCCUUACGGAGACAUGAACAGGCUGGAGAACUGGCCAAGUCACUAGUUAGAGAUUGGAAAAGAUUGGUUCCUAAGGAAUCCACAAGCCACACAGAAGAUGGGAAUAUGUCAGAAAGUGUGUCUGUUAAAGACAAAUCGGACAACCAAAACUGUCCAAAUAAUGUAAGUUUGACAAUGGUGGAUUUAAACAAUAAUUGCUUAACGUCUCAUAGUAAAAGUCAGAAUUCUUCAGACGAGGCCCUCUUCAAGUCAGGGAGUAGAAAGGCUGAUUCAGAGAAACAAUGUGAAGAACAGAAAUUAAACAAGAAUGAAAAUGACAAAAGUCAACAAGAAGAUCCUAAUAUCUCUCAGAAUGACAUCUUUAAAAAGAAAAUCAAAGAGGAUCAAAGUGACUAUUCAGUUGUUCCCAAGAAAAAGAAAAGCAGUGAGAGUAACAGAAACCCAGGAGACACUCAGACUUUGCCCGGAGACAGAAACACAGAGGACACUCAUCGUAAAUCUAGCUCUGAUUCCAAGGAAAAACUGAAAAGCAGCUCUGACAGUGGAAAAUUUUGGUCAGAGAAAGAAUCAAAUAAGAAACCAAAAGAGGGCAAAGAAACCUUUUCAUUUGAAUUCAGUGACAAAAAUUCAUCAAAGUGGGCCGGUGUCAAAGAUGACAAAUCUUCAGAAAUACAGAGGAGCUCAAAGGCCCAAAACAAAAAAAGGAAGAAAAAAAAUAAAGAAAAGCACGGCAAUCUAAAAUACAAACAAGAGUCUGAAGAAAAGGGACAUUCAAAAAACAAAAAGGCAAAAAUAAAUCACAGAGAAACACAAAGUGAAUCAGAGGAGCCCUCCUUGUCUUUCGAAUCAUGCUUGAACUACGAAGUGAAUGUUGUCAAGAGAAAAGACAAAUCUGGAGUGAAGAAACCAACCAAAACUAUGAAGAAUGUAGAAAAAGAGGAACAAAGAAAAGAUCCUGGCAUGAAACCGUUCAGAUCAUCUGUGACACAGUUUAAGGAAUCUGUAAUGGACCUGAUUCCUUUCAGCAUUCCUUUACCUGCUGAUCUGCCUGAAUUGGAAAAGCCAUUCAGUGUUGAUUACUUUGAGAGGAAAGUUGAGAAGGAGUCUGAUUUCUGUGACGUCUCUGAGGAGUCUUCAGUCUUCACUGGUCAGCGACUUAACAAAAAGAUGCAGGUGUACUCUGGUGCCAAGUCCGUCUUCCUCCCAACCAUGAUGAGCUUGCACCAACAGUGUAUCCGCACACUCCAGAAUAAUAUUAACUUGCUCUUUGAAACUGGUGGAGUCCCAUUUGAAAUCCUCGAGCCAGUGUUGGAGAGGUGCACACCAGAACAGCUGCUACGCAUUGAAGAAUGCAACCCAAUCUACAUUGGAGAAACAGACCACUUAUGGGGGAAACAUUGUCAGAGGGACUUCAAAGACUCCAAACUUCAGGAGUAUGAAUCAUGGAAAGAGAUGUACAUCAGGCUGUCUGACGAGAGGGAAAGGAAACUCAAAAGACUGACAAAAAGCAUCGUCUCAGCACAUUCUAGCAAACCCAGAGGUCGGCAGGUGAAGAUGGCAUUUAUUCACACUGUUGCCAAGCCACCGAGAGAUGUGCGAAUUCAGCAGGAAAUACAUGGAACUGCUGUUCAGCAGCCUCAGCUCAGGUGCAGCGUCAAAGUUCAGGACAACAGACCGAGGCCGAGUAGUAAUGAGCCCAGCAGAUCCAGCAGCACCAGUUCAGUGUCAAACAAUACACAAGACCCUCGCAAAAAAACAAGAGUUGCUCCGAUGAUGGCAAAGUCCUUAAAGGCCUUCAAGAAGCAACUGGGACGCAGAUAAAUGUUCUUAUAUGAUCGUGAUAUUUACAGUGUGUGGAUGUGGGGAAAGUGCACUCUGUCAUUCAUUAACUUUGGACAAUAGAAAGCCUGUGUUCACCUUAGACUACUCUGUGUUGUUUGUCUUCAUACACAGGCAUUUGCCAUGUGUUUUUCUCCGUAACUAUGAAUUGCCGUCACUAUUAAAGGGACAGUGAAAAGAGCA